AUGUCUGGAACACCAUCAACUACUGUGAAAACCAUGUCUGAAACUCACAAAUUUCAUCCUGCCUUGUCUGUCACCAAUGUGAAAUCCCUUAUUCCCAUCACAUUGGAUUUAGAAUCUGGGCAGUACCACUCUUGGUCGGCGUUAUUCAAAGUUCAAGCGCGAGUCCAUGACGUGCUUGAACAUAUCAUCCUUCCUAUGGAUGAAAAGGAGAAAGCUGCAUAUGAGAAGACCAAAGCCGAGGAUCUCGCCCUCUGGAAGCGGCUUGAUGCAGUGGUCUUGCAGUGGAUUUACGCCACAGUCGCUUCCGACAUUCUCACCUCCAUUCUAAUUGAUGAUGACUCGCCUAAACAUGCUUGGAAAAGUGUUGCUGAUCUUUUUCAUGACAACAAAAACACAAAAUAUAUGAAACAUCGACUAAGAUACAAACAUCGAACAUGA